AUGGCUAUCGGAGAGUGGGCAGAAGUCCGGCAAAGAAGAAGAAAACAGCAGGAAGAUCAUAACUUAUCCAAGAACAUGGCAAUAUCAUUCUUUUUCCAGAACUUUCCUGAAGAUUGGGACGAGAAGGCUCUGUGGCAAACAUUCCAAAGGUACGGAACAAUAGUGGAUCUCUACCUAGCCAGGAAGAGGAAUGUCAAGAACAAGAGGUUUGGUUUCGUUAGAUUCAUUAGAAUAGAGAAUAUCUCAGAUUUUGAAGGAAAACUAAAUGGAAUCUGGAUAGGAAACUACAAGCUAAGAGUCAAUUUAGCUAGAUUCCAACGUAAAAGCACAGCCAACCCCCGCUCUACUAUGCCCCCCAUCGGCCACGGCCAAAAUAAGCAACCCUAUGGCUACCCCCAUCUUCACUCGUUCCAACCCAAUAAUCAAGAUGCACAGAAAUGUACCAAGAGCUAUGUAGAGGUGGUUACAGGAGAUAUACUGCCGAAAGAAACUACAAAUCCAACCCCAAUCAGGAUGUCAUCCUUUGAGGAAACGAGAGAAUUCAUGAAACGGGCACUAGUUGGCGAAGUGGAAAAUUUUCCAAGCUCUAAUGAAUGUGAGAGAUUUUCCGGAGGUUGA